ACGUAGCAGUUGGAAAUCCUAAUCCAUUCAUAUGUCGAUUGGCGGGCGAUGUCGACUGUAGUGCAGAGGUGUAGUUGAGAGAACCGCCGGGAGAGUCCAACUCGAUAUAAAACCACCCAGAGAGACAAUCCAGUCACAUUCGAUCAAGAAGUAUACAGGAAGCCGCCGGCGACUCUUUUAACGAAAUGCUGCUAUCACUGAUAUUAGUCGCGUCUGCCCUUGCGCCGGCGCUGUGCGGCGCGGCGGGGGCGGACCCGGCCGACCCUCAAGUACUCCAGAUGGAGAUGGCCAACAUGCCCAACUCUUACAGCUUCCACUAUGCCAAUAGUGACGGGUCAUCGCGUACUGAAGAGGGUGGCAUCCAGAAUCCAGGCACCGACCAAGCUGCCCUAGACGUCCUAGGAACAGUCCGUUGGUACGACGACAAGGGGCAACUCUAUGAAAUGUCAUACAAAGCUGGCAAACGAGGCUACAGAACUGUUAUUAAAAAAGUAAAAUCGUAAUUCGAAAAUCGAACGCAUGCCAAGAUGGCAUCUUAAAAGUGAUUGUUACCAGCCAGUAGUGUACAGUAAAUAAUAUUUAUUGAAUUUAGUUUAAUGCUAUCUUAUUAAGGAAUUCGUCAUGGUAUGAUUUUAUUUUGAAAGACUGAAAAAAACUGGAAAUGUCAGAGUCAGUAUAAUUGUAAAUGAUGAAAGUCUAGGCUUUAAAUCUAGUUAUUAAAUUAAUUUAUUAACCACA